AUGAAGAGGGAUACAAGCAGCGAAGACGUCCUCGCGAAUUACGAGCACAUCCAGAAGAUCGGCGAGGGAACGCAUGGAGCUGUCUACAAGUUCUUGGACAAGCGCGCAGGAAAGUUCGUCGCAAUGGAGAAGGUUCUCACAUUGGACGACGAUGAAGGAAUCCCCGCGGCAGUGAUCCGAGAGAUCGGGCUGCUCAGAAAUCUGGUCCAUCCGGACAUCAAGGCUCUGGGCGAGGUUGCUUUGGAGGCGUACCACUCAUACUUGGUAUUCGAGUACCUUCCGACCAAUCUGAAGGAUUAUAUCCGUUCGCUUCCUGAUGGUCAGCUUAUUGAACGGGACGUCCAGAAGCAGUACACGUAUCAAAUACUCCGGGCAACCUGUUUCUGCCACCGAUUCGGCGCCUUGCACUGCAACCUGAAGCCGGAGAACAUACUGCUGGACGGAAACGGGGCCCUUAAGAGUGCUGACUUCGGACUCGCGCAACGAGUCGACGGCGUCAUGAUCAAAAUGUGCACACACGAACUCAAAGCGCACACACGCGAGCUCUGGUACCUGGCCCCUGAACUGCUCCUCGGCAGUGUCCGUUACUCACUGGGAGCGGACAUCUGGAGUAUCGGGUGCAUCUUUGCCGAGCUGGCCACAAGAAAGCCGCUUUUCCAGGGCCGCUCGAGAGCGGAGCAGCUUUGA